AGUUAUAAUCAGGUUGCCCUCAUAGAUAUCAUACAUCUAUUGCUGUCAUGUAGAAUCAGUAGCAGGUCUUCAAUAUCCAACAUUAUGAUUCUAUCAAAUCUGUUUAUAGCUUCUCUAGGCAUUAUUUCAGUCACUUCGUCUCAAUCAUUCAGUGCCAUCAAUGUUUGUCUAGAUGCACUCUCAUCAGAGCCCAACAACGCCAAAGACUUUUGCAUACAAUUUCUAGUCUCUAGCACUAUCCCUAUUCCUUCAUUUGCAUCACCGUGUUUGGGCACCGACCCAUCUGACAACCAGUUAUUCAAAUCUUGUUACGAGGUGCUUCAUCAAUUUGAGAAAGAAGUUCCACUGCCUGAAUUGUCACAUCUCGGCCUGGUUGAUGAGCCUGUCAAGCGUGGAGAAACAUUACCUCGCGAUGGAGGCUUUUUUAAUACGGGAAGUGUAUUAUCAGUAACAACCAACGUUGGUACAUAUGAUAAUUUCGGAUGCUUUGAAGAUGGUACUCGGGGAAAACCUUUGGGCUCUCCACUGCUCAAUUUGACUGGGCCUGCCGCGGACACGAUUCGGAGUUGUGUGAAUGCAUGUUCUAUCUCGGGGCAAAAUGGAAUACCCUACCGCUAUGCCGGCAUAGAGCCUGGAUUUUGCUGGUGUUCCAAUUACAUCUCAAUACUUUCCGUUAAAACCGCUUCAUUUUGUCAAUCGACCUGCCCGUCUAAUUAUGGCAAAUAUUGUGGGGGUAUUGUGGGCGGAGUACUUCAUAUGCAGAUAUAUGAGUUGAAAAAGAUGAAUCCUACGUCGACGACAUCUGCGAAAACGACAUUUACUUCUUCAUUGAAGUCUUCUGUUAAGUCAUCUAUCUCGGCCUCACAGUCGGGGACUACAUCUUCAUCUAAACUCUUGAGUUUGACGACGCAAACGAGCAGUCAAAAAUCUUCGUCAAUUUCUAAAUCGACAUCUUCUAGCUCAACUCGCUUCACUUCUAGUAUUUCGUCAGUUCCUGGAUUCUCUACAACGAGCAAGAUACCAAUCAUCUCUCUUUCAACAAUUAUCGAAUCAUCAACCACCACCAAAUCAUUUGGUUUACCUCCCGACCCUCCAACAAUUCCUCCUAUUGUGGGUCCUACUGGUACCGAAAGUUACGUUUUACCACCUGGUACUUUCGCCUACCCAAGUGAACUACCAACUCUCACUCAAUCGUUCGGCUUGCCUCCUGACCCUCCAACUAUUCCUAUUGCCGGCCCUACUGGCACAGAAAGUUACAUUCUACCAUCGGGUACCUUUGCUUACCCAAGUAGAGCUUCAACCACAGCUAACCCUAAUCCUUGGGCAUCUCUAACACUUGAGGAGCCUGAAUUCUGGACACAAGUACCUUCUGGCGCAGUUCCAGGUUAUGUGGAGCCAACUACUACUCUUCAACCCAUCUCUACAGCAACGUCCCCCUCUCAAAAAUUCAAGCGCGAGUAUGAUAUCACCGCACCAGAUAGUCCAUGGCUUCCUCUGCUUCCCCUAACCUCUCCAGAGAUCCUCAAGGAAGUUCUUCCCGGUCAAGUUCCAGGAUGGGAUCAACACGCCAUAGCUAAACACAAAAAGCUCAAGUCUCGUGAAUAUGAUAUAAACGCACCAGAUAGUCCCUGGUUUCCUCUUCUCCCCUUGACUUCUCCAGAAAUUCUCAAAGAAGUCGCUCCUGAUCAAGUUCCGGGCUGGAAACAACAAGCUAUUGUUUCAAGAUCUGAUAGAACGAAACGCGAAUACGAUGUCAAGGCCCCCGACAGUCCCUGGAUACCCCUCCUUCCACCUACCUCCCCAGAAAUCUUCAAAGAAGUUGCCCCCGAUCAAGUUCCGGGUUGGAAACAACAAUCCGUCUCCCCACCCCCCACGAACGCAAAACGCGAAUACGAUAUCUUCUCCCCCUCUAGUCCCUGGCGACCCAUCCUUCCCCUCUACACCCCCUCCAUCCUCAAAUCCGUUCCCGAAGACCAAGUUCCCGGCUGGCGGGGCAAAGCUUCCGCUCCUCUCAUCCUCAACUUCGAUAUUCCUCCAAAACCCAAACCGAAAACCAAACAUCGUCGCCAGCUCGGGCCUCUCCCAGAAAACUUCCUCGAACCUCCCGGCCGUCCAGACUUCAUCAAAGCAUACCCCGAAAAAGAUAACAACAAACCUCUCCCCCCACCCUUCAACAAAAUGCUCAAUGCCGUAGACCCGACAACCGGCACCAAAUUCCCGACCCUAAAAACGAAACCCAGAUACAGUCAUUCGAAAAUCAGCCUGAAGGAGUUCCCCAGCUUGGAAGAAAUCGGAUUGGGACAAGACGGGAGAGAACAUCACCAUAAAGAAGAUGAUGAAGAUACCGAAGAAGCAAAAAGAAUAUCCGACCUGCAAAAAAUUAGAGAUAGACGAUAUGCGCACAAACUCCAUUUACAAGGAACCCCUAAAGCGUAUGCGGAAUUGGCAGAGAAGACCGAGAGACGCGCGCGCAAGGGACGGAAGAAAAUAGAUAUGGAGGAUUGGGAGAAGAGGAUUUUUAUGGCGGUAGGGAGCCAGGGGAAAGGAGAGGAGGUUGAUCCGCUAUUGAGGGACGAUGUGAUUAUUGAUCGUGUGUUGUUGGGAGAGGAUGAACGGGAUGGGGAAGGGGAAGAUGGGGAGGCAGAAAAUUGGAUAUGGAGAACGUGGAGUGGAGGCGAGGGAAAGAGGAAGGGGAGGAAAAUUCGCUUGGAGAGGUGAGGAUAGGGUAGGAGAGCUGCGGAUUUAUCUACUUGAUGGAAUGGAAUGGAAUAAAACCCCAAAAAGAUCGCACAUCAGGACAAGAAAUCUCAGGAAUCCGAAUAUAGACUUCUCAAAGCACGACGUCCAUUUGAAUUGUGAAGUUGAAGAAUCAAUUAUAUUGGAAAUCAGAUACGGACACAGAUGCAGAUACAGCAGAGCGGCGCAGAGUAGAGUAAAGUACCUACCUAGUCAUAGUCUACUAUUUCAUAUUCCAUUAGUGAAUUAGAAUUUCAGGACUAUUGAUAUCAAUAUCAAUGUGAGAUGGAGAGGUGGAGAGAUGGAAAUUGAGAUUGAAAUCGAUAUUGAAAUCGAAAUUGAGGUUCGUUCA